AUGGCUCAUUUGGGAAAGGCAUCUCUUGACACGUUUGAGCACUUCAAAUGGGUUGCGAUGUGGAUUUUUACUAUCCUUGGUGUUGGGGUACUGUUGUCCCUCCUGUCUCGCACCAAGAGAACAGGCCUUGAGACCCCACCUGCUAAGGGCAGUAGCUCUAACAAGAAGACCAGAGAAGGCCCUAGUGGCCAAGAUAGGGAAGAGAGGAGGACUAAGCCAAAGCACGAUGCACGUAGACAAAGAAUAGUUGAAAAAAAUGUCAUGUGCGAGAGGUAUGUAGAUAAAAUCUCUCUCACGCCAAAUGAUGAUGUUGUGAAGGUGAUUAAG